AUGGCCACUUUCGUUGAAACAAUCAACAUCUUGAGAUUCGAGAUCAUCCCUCGGUUAUCCAUUCGCGAUCAACUCCGUCUUUGUCAAACAAGCAAAGAUCUCCACACCGCAACUGUUUCAGUUCUCUACCGCGACAUCACCAUAACGCACGACGUCGAAGCGCCUGAUUCCCCGCCACCUGAGCCCAAGCAGUUGAGACGGCUCGAGAAGAUACGCGCGGCGCGCAGAAGGCGUCUACCCUGGGGCGUUGGGUUUCUUUUUGCCAUAUUGAGUCGACCUGCGCUGAGGAGUCAUGUUAAGAGUUUGAGAUUUCGGAUUGAGAAUUAUGUUCAUGAUGAGCAUUUUCGUCAUACGGGGGAAUUGAAGCCUUUGACUUUUCACCCUGUGGAGAAUGAGAAUGCUCGGCAAUUAAUUGUUGAUGGGAUUGAGGAAUUGAGCUUUUCUGAAACGGAGAAAUUGAAUGGGGCGUUUGCGGAUCGGGACUUUGAUCUUAUCUUAUCGCUCAUCAUCGCGGCAUGCACUGAAGUCCAGAGUCUUACAAUUGACCUUGGAUACUUCCUAUACAGCCACAAAUGGCUCCUCGAGCUGUUCAAGAACUCACUUUCACCUCAAAGCAAGUCACCAAGUCUCCAGAAUGUCACGUACUUUGAAGUCGCCAAUCCUCGAGGCUGGUUAGGUUACCAGCAACUCCCAAGAGGAAUCCACCCGCUUUCAUUCUACCUCCCAAACGCUAGAACUCUCUCCCUAGAAAGUUUCGCCAGCCAUCGCAAAGGGGAGAACAGUGCAUUAGCAGACACGACUCCUUUCUGGCCUCUGUCGCCUGCACCGCAGGCUACCUUUCUCACUACGCUUCAUCUGGAUCACUGCUCGUCAAACACCCAUAACAUCACGGCAAUGCUUGCACAGACGCCCAAUCUCAAGGAUCUUUUUUACGCAUGUUAUCUACCUGCUUUUGAAUGCGACUUUGAUGUCGAUGAGCUGAGAAGAGGACUGGAGCAUGUUCGUCAGACCUUGACCAAAUUAACGCUCAACUUGACUAUUAUGCAGAGAGGCCUUAUUGAUUUCUCCGAUCAUGAUUGGCCAUUGACUUACGGCCGUAUGGAAGAUCUUCGAGAGUUUCUGUCUCUAACAGAUCUUGAAAUUCCUCUCACUUUUCUCCAUGGCCAUACAGCAUCAGACGAUUGGCAACCAUUAGCCGAUCUCCUGCCACCAAAUCUCAUCUCUCUCUCCAUCAAAGACGAACGAUGGAGCGAUCAUGCCACCUUCCGAGAUAUCUACACCGAAACAGCAAUCCGAGAAAUGAUGCAGACGUUUCUCAGCUCUGGCUCUAGAUCAUCUACCCCCAAUCUCCGCCACGUCUACUUUUACCGCUACCCCGCGAUCUGGGACUAUGACAACCUCUCCAAGGGCCCUGAGAAGGAAUAUUUCGAGGAUUGGAAGCCUGUGGAUGACGAUUACGGCAGUCGAUGGGUUCUUGCGGAGAGAUAG